AUGAAGAUUUCCAUCACCCACCUUGCUCUUCUCGGGCUGAGUUGCGCACAGCUACGAAUCAGCGGCAGAGCGCCCCAGGGUCCAGAGCCGCCGAGCAAGCAAAUUCUUGAUGCCAUAAAGGACGGCAUGAAGGAUUGGGGACCGGCCGGGUCGCUCAAGCCCCCCAAGGACGGACCCAAAGCCCCCAUCAAGAACAUGAUAGGCGGCUUGCCGGAGCUUCACAACCCCAAGCCAGGCAGUUCGGAUUGGAGGGAAGACACUCUCAAGGGGCCUAGAAAGAAGCCCGGCAAGACGUACCCAAACAGCAACCCAUGCUCGAAGCGUGAUGUAGCAUGCGACUACGGCCCAAGCAGCUCAAACAGCCCCAGUGACAAGGGCAAAGUCAAGGGCAAGGGAAAAGUCGGAGCCUCAGUCUUGAACAUCCAGGGCGGCAAAUUCAUCGACUUCUUCUCCGAGUUGGACCCGGAAGCCUUUGGCCCCCUUAUCAAGGCAAUCGAGGACGGCGAAAUUACAGUUGCCGAUAUUGAAAUGGCUCUGAAGCGUGCCAUCUCGGAGACCAUGAAGCAGCGCUGGGCUGAUUUCGAAAGCGCCGAAAAGGCAGCUGAGACUCUGAAGAAUAUUGCGUUUGAUAUAUUCGCGACGGCCCGUUACGCAACGCCGCCCGGGUUCUGGCACGACGUCGUCAAGAACCUACCCCCUAUUGCCAAGGAAAUUCACAACGCAAAGACUCCCGAGGAAAAGCUAGAAAUCGCCAACAAGAAUAUCAACGAAGUCGUGACGAUAUGGUCAUACACGCCCGUUGGCGCGUUUAAUGAGAACAUUAUGAAAGAGGUAGCCAAGGGAACACCCACGACUACGGCGGUCGCCGUGUCGGUCAACAAGUUGUGGUCGUACACCCCUUUGGGUUGGCUCAUUAAUCAGAUCGCGCCUAUUGAUAGUUGGAUACGCGGCGACGACGACCAGGUUGCGGAGCCGAAGCCGAAGAAGAGACCGGAUCCGCCGAAGAAGAACCUCAAGCCUCCGGUUGCCACGUGGGGGAAGUGCAAGGUGAGUCUGAAGCACGUCGUGACCUCGGUGGCUGCUACAAAGCUGAUAUCGAUACUCUAG